AUGACCGAUCGUCUGAAGCAAUUGGCCUUCCAGGUGGGCGGCACCUCGCCGGCCCCCCACCCGUUCGACCCUCUUACCACCACCGAGAUCGACACCGCGGUCUCCAUCGUCCGCAAAGAACAUGGCCCGCUCAACUUCAACGCCGUGACGCUGUGGGAGCCCCGAAAGGAGGAGAUGAUGGCGUGGUUGGCGGACCCGGAGCGUGCGCCGCGGCCACUCCGGGCGGCAGAUGUCGUCGCCAUCGCACCCGGGGGGAAGGUGUACGACGGGGUGGUGGAUUUGAAGGCCCAGAAGAUCGUGGAGUGGAAGCAUACGCCGAACGUGCAGCCGUUGAUCACCAUGGAGGAUCUGCAGGAGGUGGAACAUGUGGUCCGCAAGGAUCCUAAAGUUAUCGAGCAGUGUGGUAUUCUUGGUAUUCCGAAGGAGGAGAUGCACAAGGUGUACUGUGACCCAUGGACAAUUGGAUAUGAUGAGCGAUUCGGAAGUGGUGUCCGUCUGCAGCAGGCGUUGAUGUACUACCGCCCCCAUGUCGAUGACUCGCAGUAUACCUACCCCCUCGACUUCUGUCCGAUUUUCAACGCCGAGACCAAGCAGAUCAUUCACAUCGACAUCCCCAAUGUCCGUCGGCCGAUCAGCCGCGCGCCGCCGAACAAUUACCAUCCGGCCUCGGUGGAGGCGGAAGGCGGCUUCCGUACCGACAUCAAGCCCAUCCACAUCACGCAGCCCGACGGAGUUUCGUUCAACAUCAAUGGCCGGACCAUCGACUGGCAGAACUGGGGCAUCCACGUGGGGUUCAACUACCGCGAGGGAAUCGUCCUGAACAACAUCACCUUCAACGACAAGGGCGUCGUGCGCCCCGUCUUCUACCGGCUCUCCCUGGCAGAGAUGGUGGUUCCCUACGGCAACCCGGAGCACCCGCACCAGCGCAAGCACGCCUUUGAUCUGGGCGAGUACGGCGGCGGGUACAUGACCAACAGCCUGUCGCUGGGCUGCGACUGCAAGGGAGCCAUCCACUACAUGGACGCGGCGUUUGUCAACCGGGCGGGCGCCAGCACGGUGGUCAAGAACGCGAUCUGCAUUCACGAGGAAGACGCCGGCAUCCUCUUCAAGCACACCGAUUUCCGCGACGAGUCGGUCAUCGUCACCCGUGGCCGCAAGCUGAUCAUCUCCCACAUCUUCACCGCAGCCAACUAUGAGUACUGCGUCUACUGGAUCUUCCACCAGGACGGCACCAUCCAGCUUGACAUCAAGCUGACCGGCAUUCUCAACACCUACGCCAUGAAUCCCGGCGAGGAUACCCACGGCUGGGGCACCGAGGUCUACCCGGGCGUCAACGCCCACAACCACCAGCACCUGUUCUGCAUGCGCAUCGACGCCAACGUCGACGGGCCCAACAACACCGUGUUCCAGGUCGACGCCGUGCGCGGCGAGGGUGCCGUCGGUAGCCCCGAGAACCCCUACGGCAACGCCUUCUACGCGAAGAAGACCAAGUUCACCACCCCGCGCCAGGCCAUGUCCGACUAUGACGGCAGCACGAGCCGCACAUGGGAUAUCGCCAACACCAACAAACUCAACGAGUACAGCAAGAGGCCCGUCAGCUACAAGCUUGUCAGUCGGGAGGUGCCCCCUCUCCUUCCCAAGGAAGGCUCUCUUGUCUGGAAACGUGCAGGGUUUGCCAGGCACGCCGUUCACGUUACCAAAUAUUCCGACGACCAAAUCCAUCCCGCAGGCCGCCACGUCCCCCAAACCUCCGGCGAACCGUCCGUGGGAAUCCCGCAAUGGAUCGAACAGGCCGGCGAGACCUGUUCCAUCGACAACACCGACAUCGUCCUCUGGCACACCUUUGGUCUCACCCAUUUCCCCGCGCCGGAAGAUUACCCGAUCAUGCCCGCGGAGCCGAUGACCGUCCUGCUGCGGCCGCGCCAUUUCUUCAAGCGCAACCCUGUUCUCGACGUGCCGCCUAGCUAUGCGCGAACGCCGUCGCAGGUGGCGGCAGGGAAGGAUGUGUGCGCAUGUAAGAAGAACGAUGGGUCGAGUGUGUUGGUUUAA